AUGGCAGCGGCUCUGAACCGCUUCAUCAGCAAAUCCUCAGAUAAAUGCCAUGCCUUUUUCCACGCAUUGAAGGGUAAAAGCCGACGCAGUUUCGAGUGGACCCCAGAGUGCGACACAGCGUUAGCCGAACUCAAAGGCUACCUUAGCUCGGCUCCCCUAAUGGUGAAACCAAAGGAAUUCGAAACUCUGUACUUAUACCAUGCAGUCUCAAUUCAUGUCGUCAGUUCAGCUCUUGUUCAACAAGAAGGCGCCGGCGACAUGCCAAUCUACUGCACAAGCAAGACACUCUUACCCACGCAAACAUGCUAUCUCCCCCUCGAGAAGUUAGCACUUGCUCUCGUCUCGGUGGUUCUUGCCGACUUCAUCGCUGAACUAACUCCGAAAGACACAAAGACUCUCAACACUCCCCCACCACUUCAACCCGUGGCCGAACAAAACUCAGCACCAAAGCCAUGGCACCUUUUUCAAGGAGAUAUUUGGUGCCUACAUGUUGAUGGAGCCUCCAACAGCAAUGGAGCCGGAGCAGGGGUCAUGUUAGUUUCACCUUUUGGGACACUUCAUGAAAGUUCUAUUAGCAUCGACUUUCCCGCUACCAACAAUGAAGCCGAAUAUGAAGUCCUCCUUGCUGGCUUACGCUCCGCAAUAGCAUUGAAGGCUGUCGAUCUCGUUGUCUAUUGUGACUCUGAACUUAUAGUUAACCAAGUACUUGGUGACUAUGAGGCUCGGGACCCUAAAAUGUUGAAAUACCAAGCAACAGUAGCCGAACUCAUCACACAUUUCGAGAAUUUCAAGAUUGAACAAAUCAAUCGCGAGCACAACGCGCAUGCAGAUGCACUCGCUGGCCUAGCCUCGGCUGCAGAAGCCUCUAAAUUCAGAACCAUCAACUUUGACAGCAUUGAUCACCCAAGCUCUGACACCAAUCGAGAAGUACUCAACGUUGAACUCGGUCCUAGUUGGACAGACGAGAUCGUUGCGUUCCUCAAGCAUGAUACUCUACCAUCAGACAAAAAGGAAGCAUAUCGCAUCAGAAAUAAAGCUGCUUACUAUUGGCUCUCCGAAAAUGACCAACUCUAUAGGAAAUCUAUCUCUGGGCCGUACGACCUCGUUGUCCACCCAACACAAGUACUUGAAAUUCUGACCGAGCUCCAUUCAGGUAGCUGCGGUUGCCACUCUAGCAGCCGUUCCUUUUGUCAACGGGCAAUGAGCCAAGGAUACUUUUGGAAGAACAUGAAGAAAGACUGCGAAGAAGUCGUUCACAAAUGCUGA